AUAGCAAAUGUGGCCUACUCUCAUGUUCAAAAGUUGGAAACUAACGUGGACAUCAAUGCUUCUGCUGAGCAGAUCUAUGAUGUUUUUUGCAACAAGACACACCUUGUUGCCACUAUUAUGCCUGAAACAAUAAAGUCUGUUGAAAUUCUUGAAGGUGAAUGGGGCACCGAGGGAUCCAUCAUCUUCUGGAAUUAUUUGCAUGGUAAUAUAAUUAGCAAUUUUGUUAUUUUUUUUAAUGGAUCUAAAACAAACAUUAAUCAUUUUUGGUUCUGGACAAUAACUGAGGGGAAAACUUGUGUGGCUAAGGAGGUGGUUGAAGGCAUUGACAAGAAAAACAAUAAAGUGACCUUCAACGUUAUAGAGGGAGACGUGCUGCAACAUUACAAGACGUUAAAGCUUAUAUUGCAAGUAACUCCAAAGGAGAAGGGAGGUGUAGUAAUUUGGACUUCGGAAUAUGAGAAACAAAAUGACCACAUUCAUGAUCCUCAUGCCUUAUUGCAAUUAAUAGCUGAGGAGACCAAAACAGUUGGUGCUUACCUUACUAAGGACCAAUUCAGAAAUAUAUACAGCUACAUCGUGCAUAUAUACCUUCUAAGGAGUGAAGCAAAUAUGGCUCGACUUCAAAAAGUUGAAACUAACGUGCAUACCAAGGUUUCUGGUGAGAAGUUCUAUGAUGUUUUUUGCAACAGGACACACCUUAUUGCCAACAUUUUCCCAGAAAAAAUACACUCUGUUGAAAUUCAUAAAGGUGAAUGGGGUACUGAAGGAUCCAUCAUCUCCUGGAACUAUUUACACGAGGGGAAAACUUGCGAGUGUACAGAGGUGGUUGAAGGCAUUGAGAGGGAAAACAACAAAGUGAAUUUCAAGGUUAUAGAGGGAGACCUGCUGGAACAUUACAAGAGCUUCAAGUUUACAUUGCAUGUUACCCCAAAGGAAAAGGGAAGCAUAGUGCAUUGGGUCGUGCAAUAUGAGAAACAAAAUGAUGACAUUCCCGACCCUUAUGGCAUGCUGCAGUUGGUAGUUGAAGAGAGCCAAAAAAUUGAUGCUUACCUUACUAAGGACUAGAACUAAAUCAUUGUCAAAAUAAAGCUUAUGUCACAUGUAAAAGAAUUAAUAAAUUCAAAGCCACGAUUAGAUGUGCGCUGAGGACAUAGGUUUGGUCGUUGUAUUAUUUGUUGGGAGUUGCUACGGUACCCUCAAAGAUCGAGGGGUUCCAA